CUCCGCAGCGGCCUGAGAUGAGGCGGGGCUUUGGACCCUUGGCCCUUACACUCUUCCUUUUCUUCUUUGCGCUGCUGACUCUGCCAGGCGAUGGCAACCAGGGCAGUGUCGCUGGAAGUUGCUACUGUGAUCGUACAAUUCCUUCUGGCACCCAGAUACCGCCUACUUCUUUGAUUCAUAUGCGAAAAUAUCUGAAAAUGUUCCAUCACUGUCAGUUCUUUAUCAGGUUCCAGUUGCAGUCCAAGAGCGUGUGUGGAAGAAGCCAAGACCAGUGGGUCCGUGAACUAGUGAACUGCUUUGAGCACAAACAAUGUGGAAUCGGUCAUGGGCAGAGUUUUCACCACCAAAAACAUGUGCCUCAAGCCAGUACCCGGAUCCCUGAGGCCACAGAAGGGAAACCUCCAGACACAAGCACGGCUGUACAGUUUCAGAGCACCCGGCAGUCCACCUUUCCAUCUGGAGCACCAUCCUUGAACGAAGAGCUCACCCGCCACUGGGAAACAACCAUUCUCCCUUCAGGCUAUGGUCUGGAGGGUAGGCCUAAGGCUGAGGCAAAUGAGAAACAGCACAAACAGCAAAAAGAACCAGGAGCUGGUGCUGGCACACAAGCCUUGGUGCCGGUGCUGUCCCUCCUGGCCAUCGUCUUCUUCCUCGUGGCAGCCAUGGUCUGUGUGCUGUGCAACAGGAGAGUGACUCGGCAGAGCUCUUCAGGUUUGCAGCUCUGUUAUACACCUGUUGAAUCAAGACCCCAGGGCCUGUAGCAAGAAUGGAGGCUCGUAAGAGAUGACUUGGGAGAGGUGGCAGACAGAGUGGCAGGCUAGGCUCCAUCAACGAACUGAAUCUGAGCUUAUUCUUUCUGGUGAUGUUUUGAAUCAAAGUAGCCAUUAUAUAGUCUAGGACAGCUUUGAACUACAGAGCCUGUGCCCCGACCUCCUAGAUUCUGGGAUUAUAGAUAUAUCCUACUGCAUCUGCCCUCGUUUACUUUCAUAAAUAAGGUAUAAAUUUUCAGGUUUUUGUUUUGUUUAGCAAAGAUCUUAUUUAGCCCAAGCCAACCUCAAAUUCCCUAUGUAUCUCUAGGUCCUCUGCCUCCUUACACACUCACUAAACGCUUUUCUUUUUGGUUUGUUUGAGACAGGGUUUCACUAUUCAGCCUUGACAGUCCUAGAACUCAGAAAGGUCUGCCUUUCUGCAGUGUUGGGAUUAAAGGACUGCCCUUGGGAAACCCUCUUUACAACUAAUAACAUCUGCAUAGCCCCUCUGCCCUAGCCUUUCCCCUGCCUCUAAUAAAAUGUAAUACUCUCAAGUAUGUGGUCCGAAAGUACAGUCAGAGGUGGAGCGUAAAGUUCGAGGUUCAACCUGCCCAUUAACAGAUUAAUUUUAAAAAGUGUCUGCUUUUUACAUUAUUACAAUAAACUGAACAAAUUCUAUGUUUUUAACUGUAA